GCAACACGGAUCUCGCGCUCCCACAGACUGAGAGCAGCGCGAGCGUGUGGGAAUGUGCAGAGUUGGGUGAGCGGGAGCGCUGGAGCGGCGCCGCGCGAGACUCGAUGUCUCAUAAGGAGACAAAGGUCAUGGACGUCCAGCAGCACAGCGGAAAGGAUCGAACCCACAGGAACCAUCUCAUCCAACCCGAGAACAGAGCGGAGGCACAAGACGUCACACAACAGCCAGAUCCUCUUUCCCCAAAGCUUCCAUGUGCCAAUGGAGUCGGUUACGGAGGAAGUAAUGACUCUCUAACAGACAUCGUAAUCACAAAUGAGGAUGCUUUACUGCUUCCCAACCAUGUGCCAGUGAUCGUGCACAAACUUGACAAAGAGACUCCCAGCCCUCUCGAUGACCUCUCUCCUCCAGACACUGGGUCUAACAGAGCGCCACCUGUCUGUACACCACCCACUGCCUCGUCAGGUCAAAGGGCACCUGACUCUGAGCAUAUAUCCAAGUCCAACAGGCAAAAUAAUCCCCACAAAAAGCGUCCUCCUUCCACCUCCAAAAGCCAGCAGAGCUUGAAAAAAAGUGCCAGUCAAAUCCAGGAAGGCACUGGUGAUGACUGCUGUGUGCAUUGCGUCCUGGCCUGUCUGUUCUGCGAGCUCCUGCCCAUGUGCUCAGCCAUGGCUCAGUGCUUGGCCUGUGGAAUGGAGUGUGAUGCUCUGUGCUGCUGUGGCGAGGCGUGCGGAGGCCUGGCGUGUUGCUCUGGAGACCCGUGCUCCGCCCUGCUGGACUGUGCCAUCCUAGAGGACUGCUGCCAAUCCUCCGAAUGCCUGGAGAUCUGCCUGGAGUGCUGCUCUAUCUGCUUCCCUACUUAGACAGCAAAUAGCCAAUGAUGAGGAUGUUGGUACACUUACAGAGAUGAUCUGGAACGUGGCAUCACACCAGUGUGUUGCAGAAAGGUUUGUUGUUGUCACGGAGGUUGCACGCCUUAAUUUUUCUUUAGGCUAGCGAGAGGACUGAGAUCAAGGUGUGACUGCUGUGUGAGAAAUGAGUCACUGAAGUUAAAUCACACACAAAGCAAAGCAGAGAUGAUAAUGAUGAGGUCAUUACGUGAAGUACAGGACGUAUUCGAAUAUGUGACGCGAGAGGCCUUACUGUAUUUAAAGAAUUAAUAUUCAUAUGCAUGGCCACUACUGGAUUGUUUUUGAUGUUCAUAGCUUCUGUGCCUUUUCUUUUCUCUUUUAAAUCGAGCACAUUUGCACUUGUACUCGCCCCGAACAGGGCCCGAUGCAUUCUGAAGCUGGUUCAGCAGAAUUUGUUUGGAGAAAUAUUUUUAUUUGAGAUCAUGGUCAAAGAUAAGUAAUUCAAAGGGGUUUAGGAAUUAGCCACACUCCUAAGUAGACAGGAUCUCAACAAAGACCAAGUUCUCUUUGUUUUAUUCUCCGAGAUCUGAUGAUGAUGACUCAUGUGAACUGUUUAUUUUGUGUAAAUAUAUCUGCGCUCUAAGUAAUCUGUCAUUUGCUUGUGAUUAACUUAUAAUUUAAUUUGAUUUUGUUGUUGUUUUGCAUAAGAAGUAAACAGGCUUUUUGUUUUCAUAA